CAUAAACGCAAACACACCGGAGAGAAGCCAUUCCGGUGCGAAUGGGACGGAUGCGAGUCCAGUUUCACUGAAGCCCACCAUUUGAAAGCACACGAACGCAAGCAUACGGGCGAACGGCCGUACGGGUGCGAGUGGCCCGGCUGUGAGCGCCGCUACAAGAAUCGACAGGCGAUGCGCUUUCAUAUGGAUAGAGUCCAUAAGAAAGAGCUCACCGAUGAGGAUGUAAUUAUGGACGACGACCACCACGUGAUGGUAGAAAUCAAGUUAUCGUAGAAAUUAAUGGCAUUUGUGGCCACUAUUAGCAAAUUUUAGGCCCCAUUUUGAC